CCCGCCGCCGCUGCGGGCCGCCGCCUCUCGCCCGGCCAGACCCCGGCGGCGCUGGCCGCCUAGCCGGCCGCGGGUCCGCCUCCGUCGCGCGGAGGGCGUGGGCUCUGGGCUCCCGGAAGCGGCGGCCGCGGCGCGGAGCCGAGCGGGCGUCAGUCGCGGGAGCUGCAAUGAGCGGCGCCAGACCACUGUGAUCUGCGCGCGGCGCCCGACCGGGGCCCCUGAAUGGCGGCUCGCUGAGGCGGCGGCUCUGGCUCCUCCGGGCGUGGCGUGGCGGCGGCCGGGGUGAUGCUGCUCAAGCUUCUUCAGAGACAGACCUAUACCUGCCUGUCCCACAGGUAUGGGCUCUACGUCUGCUUCGUGGGCGUCGUUGUCACCAUCGUCUCCGCCUUCCAGUUCGGAGAGGUGGUUCUGGAAUGGAGCAGAGAUCAAUACCAUGUUUUGUUUGAUUCCUAUAGAGACAAUAUUGCUGGAAAGUCCUUUCAGAAUCGGCUUUGUCUGCCUAUGCCGAUCGACGUUGUUUACACCUGGGUGAAUGGGACAGAUCUUGAACUGCUGAAGGAACUACAGCAGGUCAGAGAACAGAUGGAGGAGGAGCAGAAAGCAAUGAGAGAAAUCCUUGGGAAAAACACGACGGAACCAACUAAGAAGAGUGAGAAGCAGUUAGAGUGUUUGCUGACACACUGCAUUAAGGUGCCAAUGCUUGUCCUGGACCCAUCCCUGCCAGCCAACAUUACCCUGAAGGACCUGCCAUCUCUUUAUCCUUCUUUUCAUUCUGCCAGUGACAUGUUCAAUGUUGCAAAACCAAAAAAUCCUUCUACUAAUGUCUCAGUUGUUGUUUUUGACAGUACUAAGGAUGUUGAAGAUGCCCACUCUGGACUGUUUAAAGGAAACAACAGACAGACAGUAUGGAGGGGCUACUUGACAACAGAUAAAGAAGUCCCUGGAUUAGUGCUAAUGCAAGAUUUGGCUUUCCUGAGUGGAUUUCCACCAACAUUCAAGGAAACAAAUCAACUAAAAACAAAAUUGCCUGAAAAUCUUUCCUCUAAAAUCAAACUGUUGCAGUUGUAUUCGGAGGCCAGUGUAGCACUUCUAAAAUUGAAUAACCCUAAGGAUUUUCAAGAAUUGAAUAAGCAAACUAAGAAGAACAUGACCAUUGAUGGAAAAGAACUGACCAUAAGUCCUGCAUAUUUAUUAUGGGAUCUGAGUGCCAUCAGCCAGUCUAAGCAGGAUGAAGACAUUUCUGCUAGUCGUUUUGAAGAUAAUGAAGAACUGAGGUACUCAUUGCGAUCUAUCGAGAGGCAUGCACCGUGGGUUCGGAAUAUUUUCAUCGUCACCAACGGGCAGAUUCCAUCCUGGCUGAACCUUGACAAUCCUCGAGUGACAAUAGUAACACACCAGGAUGUUUUUCGAAAUUUGAGCCACUUGCCUACCUUUAGUUCACCGGCUAUUGAAAGUCACAUUCAUCGCAUCGAAGGGCUGUCCCAGAAGUUUAUUUACCUAAAUGAUGAUGUCAUGUUUGGGAAGGAUGUCUGGCCAGAUGAUUUUUACAGUCACUCCAAAGGCCAGAAGGUUUAUUUGACGUGGCCUGUGCCAAACUGUGCUGAGGGCUGCCCAGGUUCCUGGAUUAAAGAUGGCUAUUGUGACAAGGCUUGUAAUAAUUCAGCCUGUGAUUGGGAUGGUGGGGAUUGCUCCGGUAACAGUGGAGGGAGUCGCUAUAUUGCAGGAGGUGGCGGUACCGGGAGUAUUGGAGUUGGACAGCCCUGGCAGUUUGGUGGAGGAAUAAACAGUGUCUCUUACUGUAAUCAGGGAUGUGCUAAUUCCUGGCUCGCUGAUAAGUUCUGUGACCAAGCAUGCAAUGUCUUAUCCUGUGGGUUCGAUGCUGGCGACUGUGGGCAAGAUCAUUUUCAUGAAUUGUAUAAAGUGACUCUUCUCCCAAACCAGACUCACUAUAUUAUUCCAAAAGGUGAAUGCCUGCCUUAUUUCAGCUUUGCAGAAAUAGCCAAAAGAGGAAUUGAAGGUGCCUAUAGUGACAAUCCAGUAAUUCGACAUGCUUCUAUUGCCAACAAGUGGAAAACCAUCCAUCUCAUAAUGCACAGUGGAAUGAAUGCCACCACAAUACAUUUUAAUCUCACGUUUCAAAAUACAAAUGAUGAAGAGUUCAAAAUCCAGAUAGCAGUGGAGGUGGACACAAGGGAGGGAUCAAAACUGAAUUCUACGAUUCAGAAGGCUUAUGAAAAUUUGGUUAGCCCCAUAACACUUGCUCCAGAGGCGGAAAUCCUUUUUGAGGAUAUUCCCAAAGAAAAACGCUUCCCAAAGUUCAAGAGACAUGAUAUUAACUCAACAAGGAGACCUCAGGAGGAGGUGAAAAUUCCCUUAGUAAACAUUUCACUCCUUCCAAAAGAGGCCCAGUUGAGUCUCAGUAACUUGGAUUUGCAACUGGAACAUGGAGACAUCACUUUGAAAGGAUACAAUUUGUCCAAGUCAGUCUUGCUGAGAUCAUUUCUGAUGAACUCACAGCAUGCUAAAGUAAAACAUCAACCUAUAAUAACAGAUGAAACAAAUGACAGGUUGGUAGCUCCACAAGAAAAACAGGUUCAUAAAAGCAUCUUGCCAAAUAGCUUAGGAGUGUCUGAAAGAUUACAGAGGUUGACUUUUCCUGCAGUGAGUGUAAAAGUGAAUGGUCAUGACCAGGGUCAGAAUCCACCCCUGGACUUGGAGACCAAAGCAAGAUUUGGAUCAGAAACUCAUAUCCAAAAAUCAGGAGGUGGAAAUGUGACAAAAGAAAAACCCUCACCUCUGAUUGUUCUACUGGAAAGCCAGAUGACAAAAGAAAAGAAAAUCACGGGGAAAGAAAAGGAGAACAGAAUGGAGGAAAAUGCUGAAAACCACUUAGGCGUUACUGAAGUGUUACCUGGAAGAAAGCUGCAGUAUUACACAGAUAGUUACUUGGGCUUUUUGCCAUGGGAGAAAAAAAAGUAUUUCCAAGAUCUUCUUGACGAAGAAGAGUCAUUGAAGACACAAUUGGCAUACUUUACUGAUAGCAAAAAUACUGGGAGGCAGCUAAAAGAUACAUUUGCAGAUUCCCUCAGAUAUGUAAAUAAGAUCCUAAAUAGCAAGUUUGGAUUCACAUCGCGGAAAGUCCCUGCUCACAUGCCUCACAUGAUUGACCGGAUUGUUAUGCAAGAACUGCAAGAUAUGUUCCCUGAAGAAUUUGACAAGACGUCAUUUCACAAAGUGCGCCAUUCUGAGGAUAUGCAGUUUGCCUUCUCUUACUUUUAUUAUCUCAUGAGUGCAGUUCAGCCAUUGAAUAUAUCUCAAGUCUUUGAUGAAGUUGAUACAGACCAAUCUGGUGUCUUGUCUGACAGAGAAAUCCGAACACUGGCUACCAGAAUUCACGAACUCCCAUUAAGUUUGCAGGAUUUGACAGGUCUGGAACACAUGCUAAUAAAUUGCUCAAAAAUGCUUCCUGCUGAUAUUACUCAGCUAAAUAAUAUUCCACCAACUCAGGAAGCAUAUUAUGAUCCCAAUCUGCCACCGGUCACUAAAAGUCUAGUAACAAAUUGUAAACCAGUAACUGACAAAAUCCACAAAGCAUAUAAGGACAAAAACAAAUAUAGGUUUGAAAUCAUGGGAGAAGAAGAAAUCGCUUUUAAAAUGAUUCGUACCAAUGUUUCUCAUGUGGUUGGCCAGUUGGAUGACAUAAGAAAAAACCCUAGGAUCUCACUCUGUUGGCCAAGCUGGAGUGCAGUGAUGCAAACACGACUCUGUAGCCUGGACCUCCUGGGAUCAAGCAUUCUUCCCACCUCAGCCUCUGGAACCACAGGCAUGAGCUGCUGCACUCAGCUAAAAUUGAUAGUUGGAUCUGAAGACUUUAUCAGGAAGUUUGUUUGCCUAAAUGACAAUAUUGACCACAAUCAUAAAGAUGCCCAGACAGUGAAGGCUGUUCUCAGGGACUUCUAUGAAUCCAUGUUCCCCAUACCUUCCCAGUUUGAGCUGCCAAGAGAGUAUCGAAAUCGUUUCCUUCAUAUGCAUGAGCUACAGGAAUGGAGGGCAUAUCGAGACAAAUUGAAGUUUUGGACACACUGUGUACUAGCAACAUUGAUUAUGUUUACUAUAUUCUCAUUUUUUGCCGAGCAGUUAAUUGUACUUAAGCGCAAGAUAUUUCCCAGAAGGAGGAUACACAAAGAAGCUAGUCCUGAUCGAAUCAGAGUAUAGAAGAUCUUCAUUUGAAAACCAUCUACCUCAGCAUUUACUGAGCAUUUUAAAACUUAGCUUCACAGAGGUAUCUUUGUGAUGUGAUGCUUAGCAACUUGGCCCGAAGAAGGAAAACAUCCAGUACCAUGCUGUUUUGUGGCAUGAAUAUAGCCCACUGACCAGGAAUUAUUUAACCAACCCACUGAAAACUUGUGUGUUGAGCAGCUCUUAACUGGUUUUACUUUUAAAGAAUUUGCUCAUGGACCUGUCAUCCUUUUUAUAAAAAGGCUCACUGACAAGAGACAGCUGCUAAUUUCCCACAGCAAUCAUUGCAGACUAAUACAAGAGGCCUGUGCCAGCUGGGAAUGAUUGUGAAGAGGUCCCAGUCUUUGCAUUCCAAAGCCUUUUGCUAAAGUUUUGCACAUUUUUUUUUUCAUUUCCUAUUUUUAAAAUAAGUAGUUACUAAGUUAACUAGUUAUUCUUGCUUCUGAAUAUAAUGAAUUGGGAUGUCUAAACCUAUUUUUAUAGAUGUUAUUUAAAUAAUGCAGCAAUAUCAUCUCACUGACAAUACCUAAAUUAUGAGUUUUAUUAAUGUUUAAGACUGUAAAUGGUCUUAAACCACUAAUAACUACUGAAGAGCUCAGUGAUUGACAUAAGAAAUUCUACAGACUUCAGCCUCUACAAAUACUAUGAUUUCAUGUGCAGGUUUAAUUUCAGAGGGCUAGAGUUAAGUAACAGUGCUACUUACCAGAUGAAAUUAUGUUUUGGAAAUGUAAUAUUCAAACAGAAGUGCCUCAUUUUAGAAAUGAGUAGUGCUGAUGGCACUGGCACAGUACAGUGGUGUCUUGUUUGAUACUCAUCGGUAUAUUCUAGUAGCUGUCUCUCUUAGCUGGUUUUGGAUACAGCAGAGGCCAGUAAACUUCUCUGUAUAAGGCCGGAUAGUAAAUUAUUGCAGGCCACCUAUGUCUUUGUCAUAUAUUCUUCUUUGUUGUUUAGUUUGCUUUUUUCAAAUAGCCCUCUAAAAAUGUAAAAACAAUGUUUAGCUUGCAGCUGUAGAAAAACAGGCCACCAGCCAGAUUUGACCCUCAGGCCAUCAUUUGCCAAUCACUGAGAAUUAAUUUUUUGUUCUGUUUUGUUUUUUUGAGAUGGAUUCUCGCUCUGUCACUCAGGCUAGAGUACAGUGGUGUAAUCUCAGCUCACUGAAACCUCUGCCUCCUGGGUUCAAGCAGUUCUCCUGUCUCAGCCUCCCAAGUAGCUGGGACUACAGAUGCACGCCACUACACCCAGCUAAUUUUUGUAUUUUUAGUAGAGACGGGGUUUCACCAUAUUGGUCAGGCUGGUCUCGAACUCCUGACUUCAGGUGGUCCACCCACCUCUGCCUCCCAAAGUGCUGGGGUUACAGGCAUGAGCCACUGCACCCAGCUGAGAAUUAGCAUUUUUAUGUAUGGUUGAACCUUGAUGUCUAGCCAUAUUUUAUUUAUGUCACAAUACAAUGGAUUUGCGGAGACCAGAUUCCAAGAGCUUCUUUUGAACUCUAACAGGUAUUUUAGAUCAUGUUCUCAAUAGUAUUCUUUUAAAAUGGCAUACAUUUUUUGUACAAAGAACUUGAAAUGUAAAUAAUGUGUUUGUGCUGUAAGAGUUGUGUAUUUCAAAAACUGAAAUCUCAUAAAACGUUAAAUUUUUGUCUGACA